AUGGUGUUUGCUGUUAACUGGUAUCCUCUGUUUACUAUCUUAUACCAUUUUAAGAAUUUGUGUAAAAGUUUCUCCUGUCUUAUGUUUAAUCAGUCUAAGCAUUAAGAUCUGAAUCUUAUUAGCCAGCCGUCUAUGUAUCAUCUUAGAGGUUUUGGUACAAGUAAGGCUAAAAGCCAUUUUCAUCAAAAUUUUAAGAUGGACUAUGACUACUAUUUAGUACAGUAAUAGUACCUGGUUCUUGAUGUUUUAACUCCUCACUUUCCAUUUUUAAAGCUUUUUUUAAAGUCUACUUUGCUGUGUUUUUGCUAGUUUAUUGAUAACAAUUAAUUAUUUUUUGAUAUCAAAAAAUUUUUUGUAUUUAAAGACAGACAACUAAGUAAAUAGAUAGUUAAUCCAAUAAUACUUUUUUUGUUGUAAUCGGAAUCAGAUUAUGUAUAAGGAUACCUAUAUUAAUUAAAUAUUUGA